CCUAGAUCGUGAAGCGCCACAUUACGUAGUGGGCGCAGCGCAAAACGUGGAGAUUAACAUAAACAAAUCAAUGGGGACCCAUAAUUUAUAAAUUAACAAAGCCCUUCGCCGGCCAAAUUCGGAUUUCAACGCCUUAUAAAUUUUUCAGAAAUCUUCAAUUUCGAGAAAAUUUUCAUAUCAUUUAUCAGUUAUAUAUGUUUCCGCUUGAUUUUGAUUAAAAUAUAAACAAGAAAGGCUGGUGAUCCUGUCUGUUUAUAUUAAGCUACGACGAAUCAGGUUUUUGUGUAUUUGGCUUCAUUCAAAGGUGCUCUUAACACAAUUCCGGUUUGUAGAGGUAAUUGACAAUGGGAGGUGUACAGGGUAAGAGUGAAUCUCCUAAUGCUUCAAUACCAGAGACAAAGCUCGAGGCCAAAGUGAUCGAGGCAAUGAAGAGGAGAGAAACUAAUGGGAGUUCCUUGAAAUCGUUUAACAGCAUUAUCUUAAAAUUUCCCAAAAUUGAUGAGAGCUUUAGAAAAUGCAAAGCUACAUUCGAAAAGUUUGAUGAGGAUGGAAGUGGUGCGAUAGACCCGCAAGAGCUGAAGCACUGUUUCUGCGAAUUGGAAAUUAAUUUCACAGAUGAAGAAAUCAAUGAUCUUUUCGAAGCAUGUGAUAUUAAUGAGGACAAGGGAAUGAAUUUCAAUGAAUUUAUCGUCCUUCUUUGCCUUGUCUACCUUCUGAAAGAUGAUCCUACUGCCUCACAUGCUAAAUCUCGAAUUGGAAUGCCAAAUCUUGAAGCUACUUUUGAAACAUUAGUUGAUGCAUUUGUGUUUUUGGACAAGAACAAGGAUGGUUACGUUAGCAAGAAUGAGAUGGUUGUAGCCAUAAAUGAAACUACUUCAGGAGAACGAUCUUCUGGGAGAAUAGCCCUGAAAAGAUUUGAAGAAAUGGACUGGGAUAAAAAUGGAAUGGUGAACUUCAAGGAGUUUCUUUUUGCUUUUACGCGUUGGGUUGGAAUUGAAGAUGCUGAGGAUGACGCUGAGGAAGAUGAUGUCUGAUCCAAGAUUUUCAAGUCAGAUUCUUCCGUAGCGGAACAGCUUGUUGCCUAGCCAAUAAUAUAUGGUAGUUUGACAUGAACACGGUAUCAGACUCAUGGUUUUAAGAUUUUGUUCUGUAAAUAGACUGCAGAUGAAAACCCAACUGGAUAAACAUUCAAUAAGAUGAAAUGCCACGUAUCUGCUGCAUUGUUAGGCUGUUUCCUGCAGCAAAGGUGCAUUUUUCAUGAUUUCUUUAAUAGAUGGAUAAUAGAAAUUUGAACGUUUACUUGUGAGAAAA